AUGGCGAGCGAAGAGGAUUGGUCCUGCGACGCCAACGACGCUGUGCAUAUCACCGUAGUACAGCCCGGCGAGACCAAACCCAAAACCCUCUCGACCUUUCAUCCGCAAUUCACAUACCCCAUCUUCGGCGACGAAGAGCGCAUUUUUGGCUACAAGGGCCUGAUCAUUCGCUUGCGCUUUGCGGCCCAUGACCUGCGCCCCCAUAUCCACAUCUCGUACGAUGACCGGUUCAGGGCGAUCGGCGAUACAGCUGCGGUCGACCUGUUGGGUGCUUUGAAACCGUUUGCUCCAGAGGAGGCGUUUAUCAACCUACCGGAAUACGAGAAAGCUAUCCAAGACGACCCGAGCGCAAAGGGAUUUAAGCCUCCAGGCCUGCUGGUUCACAGCUAUGAGGUGGAUGACCGGAACUAUGAGAUCUGGGCUGGGUCCCUGGCAGACCCCGAGGUGCGCCGUCUGUUGGACCGCGCUCAGAUCCUAGUCUCUCUCUUCAUUGAAGCUGGGACCCCAUUGACAACGGACGAUCCACAAUGGACCCUUGAACGGUGGACAAUCUACUUUGUGUAUGAGAAAGUGACUCCUCCGACGCCCACAGCGUCAGCAUACUCCAUUGUAGGAUAUGCCACAGCCUAUCGAUACUGGCUCUACCAGCGAGACCGCUCUGAAACACCCGUUGUCAAGUCCGAUCCGUUUCCCGGCCCCGAAGUUAAGAUCUCAGAGCUCCCUGCGAGACUUCGGAUUGCGCAGUUCCUCAUCCUCCCUCCACACCACCGUUCCGGUCACGGCACCCACCUGUACACGGCAAUCCACGCUACCUGUCUCGCCGACCCGACCAUUGUGGAACUGACCGUGGAGGACCCGAACGAGCAAUUUGAUGCGUUGCGAGACACGGCCGACUACUGCCUCCUGCGGCCGGAGUUCCUCAAGCACGGCGUGAACAUCAACCCCGAUCCCUACGAUGCAUACUCUCGGAAACAACGCCUGAAAGUGGUGCCCACGGCGGCUCUGAUCCCCACCAAACUGCUGGUGGACAUUCGCACAUCCUUCAAGAUCGAGUCGACCCAGUUCGCGCACAUCUUGGAAAUGUACCUCCUCAGCCAGAUUCCCUCAAGAAACCGGCUGUCUGGCGGAGCCAACCUUGCACGACUGCUGAUAAAGAAGCACCGAGUUGACGAUGUGAAUGACCGACGCUACUACUGGUGGCGCAUGCUCAUCAAGCAACGACUGUUCAAGAAACACCGCUCGUUGCUAAGUGAGUUGGAUGCGACCGAUCGAGUUGAGAAGCUCGAUGAGACUGUGCGGAAUGUGGAGGAGGGCUAUGACGUUACGCUCCAGGCACUGGAGGGUCGCUUGCCUGAUGUGCAGGAUGAGCCCCCGGUGGCUGUCAGUGGCAGCCGGGACGGGCGCGUCAAACGCAAGCUCACCAUCUCGGACGAUGAAGACGAGGAGAAUGGAACGGAGUUCGCCAAGCGGCCUAAGGUGUAG